UAUGAAACAUUCUUUCCUUCUGCAGUCUCUCCAUAAAAUAUUCUCUGGUGCACUGCUCUCGUUCACCUCUUUUAUUCUAUUUGUUGCUGGUGGGUGCUACUCUGAAACAACAUUUACCUUCACAGAAGGCAGGUGUGCUGGCAAUUUUAAAAUCCACCUGCUUGCCCGACUGCGCUUCAGUCUCAAGUUUCUUCCGUUUCGUUCUCAGCUGUUUUUUUCUUCUGCCAUCAUUAGCCACUGCUUCCUUUCUUUCUUUCAGUAUAGUCUCCUUGCAUUAACUUGUAUUUUGCCUCCUUCUAAGCUCUUCUGCUUCCUUUACUUCCUAUGUUUUUAAACUCUUACAACUUUGCUUAUAGAUUCCUGAACCGUUUCUCCUCCAUGUCUCUUUGCGUUUGGACUACUGCAAUUUACAGAAAUUGCUAUUUUAGGUUAUACAUGUGAGUCUUAUAGUUCAUGGUCUCUUUUGGUCUUAAGUGGUACUGUGUAUUUUGGUGCUGUACAUUUGUCACAGUAGAUAAUAAAAAAAAACAACUAAUUUGCUGGGAAAUAUUUUCCUACUCCUUGCUGAUUGGUGAUUGGACCAUGCCCUGCGUCAAGAAUGUACAAAGUUCCUGUUAAAAAGUUCAUUCUUACUCCAAUUUAAGAUACUCUUAUUAGUUAAAUGACCUGACCUUACUGAUAUUCUCUGGCAGUAUUAUGGGAAAUCAUUUUAGAUGAAAAAUUUUUAUUUAUGGCUUUUAAGUUUUAUUUCUUCGUUUCUGUUAUUUACAUAUUUUUGUGCUGUUUGGAAAAGAUAGUACGGAACCCUUGCUCGCCCAUUUGCAGUUUGUGCCUGUUUGAUCGCACAGUCCCAGCCUUGUAAUACCAUUUAGAUUGGGGAGUCUGAUAUUCCUAAUCAUUUUAUUGUUCGUUCACCUCUGUCUACCCUCCAGGUCUAAUUCUGCCAUUUCCUCUCAAAACUAGCACAGGCAAAAGUUAUUUUCAUUCUUCAGAGCCAGGUUCUGGGGGUUUUUUUCAGCCUUUACGCUUUGGUUGAUGGGUGAUUCAUUCUGUUAGGACUAUUGUGGGUUAUUUCUUCUGCUAUAAUCUCCCUUCAAGCAGUUUUUUGGAAAAACAGUCUUACACACCUUCGUUUGAAUCCAUUGCGUUGCAGAUGUGUAGUGAGAGAAUCUAGAAUAUAUGAAUCCAAGCGAGUUUCACUCCCCCAUAGCUGCUUGCCUGGCUUCCUGUUUGGCAGGGCACAUGUGCCACUAACUUCACAAAGGAGCAAGAAAAAAAAGAAUCGCCCCGCUAUUCUGUGGAAGAAGCACCUCUGGCAGACUCAGUCCUGUGCUGAGUCCAAAGUAACGCAGUUUUUACUUCAUGUGAUGUUUGAAGCGGGAUGCUGAGGUCUGCUUCUGGCAAUCUGAGAAGAGCAUGGCCUGUCUAGCUGAACUGUGGUUUGCUGUAGCACGUGCAAGACUGGAAGGGAGGCUUCCAGGAGGACUGGCAGCCUGACUUUGGUUCAACUUUGUGAUGUCUUCCCCUGAAAUUGCUUCCCUUUCUUGGGGUCAGAUGAAGGUGAAAGGCUGCUCUACAACAUAUAAGGACUGCAAAGUGUGGCCGGGAGGAAGCCGAACCUGGGAUUGGAGAGAAACUGGGACUAAUCAUUCUCCAGGAGUGCAACCAGCUGACCUUGAAGAAGUUGUCAAGAAGGGUGUUAAAACUAUGGUGAUUGGUCGUGGCAUGAGUGAGGCUUUGCAGGUUCCGCCAUCCACCGUGGACUAUCUGAAGAAAAACGGGAUUGAUGUGUUGGUCUUGCAAACAGAGAAGGCUGUGGAAGAGUACAAUGCGCUGGCUGCUCGGGGUGUCAAAGUGGGGGGAGUCUUCCAUUCAACCUGCUGAAGCGUUACAGCUCACUCCGCCUUUCUUGACCGCAGCCAAAUCACGGACACACCUUUCCGCUGAAUCAGAUUACAGUCAACAGUGUGGACUUAUGUGCCAAGGCAUUUGUGUGUUAACAAUUGAAAAUGCAAGGACAGUUUAUUAGUUCAGGAUUUAAACAAAUUGAGUGCUCACAAAAGGGGUCUGUUAAUGAAAUCAUUUAAUUAUAGAACCAUUUCCAUACAUUCUUAAGAUUGACCUAAACUUCCUCUGAAGACUGUCCAUGUUCUGGUUACUUAAAUUUUCACCUGUUGGCUAAAUUAAGAUACUAGGUUUUGAAUAGUUUUAUUAGGAAAUGGCCUGAAAUUACAUUAUUGGCUAUUGGAAUGCAGCCAUAAGAUAGCUGGUGAGUACAAUCAAGUGGGAGAUACAAAGCGGUGGUAAAGCAGCACUUUACCACCACUGUAUAAAUAAGUUAAAAUAAAUUAAAAAGCAAACCCAGAACAUACAACUUUGGCUCCUGCUGAUGAUGUCAGUCAGGAUAUUGGCUAUGCAGAUCUGUUUGUGAUAAUUCAAGAACAUCACAUAAUUUACCACUUUUAAAUUUUACGUUGAACCUGGAAAAAGGGAAAAAAAAUGUCUACAGGGAAUAAACAUAAAUUCUGGGUCUUGAAGAAUUUUCCUAUUAAUUGUGAAUUGGGAGGAUUGAGUGGUGCAAGAUGUAUCCAUUCAAAAGUCUCUCUGUGCUUAAAAUCAUCCGAAAGAUUUGUCACAAGAGUAGAUUUUGCAACAUAAAAUGUUGAUCUUUAGGAAAUUAGUCUAAAUUGCUGCUAGCAAGUUCGGAACGGAUGUGGGAAUUCUCACUGGUCAUCAUUAUCUGGUGACCUAAACAUUGUGCCAACAAGCAUAUUAUUACACUGAAAAUUUAAAAAGUUCUCGUAGUUGCUGUUCUUGGUGGGCUUCUGUUAAUAUGACCAGUUACAAGUUACCUACUGUAGAUUUUUUUCCCACCAGGCUCAGUAAUUCUUGAUCCGUGCGUAUGAAGUCUGUGCGUAUUAAUGAAAGUACAAAGAUGACACUAUAAAAGCCCUGAGGCACUUGGAGCUAUCCAAGUAGUAGCAGAGAGGCUUAGAUCAGUAUGAGAACACGACGACUUUCCCAAGACCCAAGAAUAACCCUUCACAAAAUACUAUGUUCUUUUUCUGUUUAUUUGCUCUAGCAAUCAUUUAAAACCUUUGAUAAAAUACAAUGUGGUGUAAAAGCAAAGGGAAAGUGAGUACUUGAAAGUUUUAUCUUGCCAUCUCCUAAUUACGCUGAUAUUUUCUAUUAGUGUAGCUAUAUUUGAGGCAACAUCUUACCAAAACCAGCAAGAACUGCCUUUCCAGCUGCAUCUGUGCUCUCUGACACAACAGCCGGUAUAAUUCUCAUCAUAACUGCUGUGACAUUUUUCUGAAUAACUUGCAUGGUGUGAAGUAGAAGGUGAACCACUGACCCAGAAGACCGUAGUCAUCCCAAGGGAAUGCCAGUAGAACCAGUUCCUACCAAUCUGCAGAGUGUGAAGACUUUUUGCAUUAAAUGUCAUUAUCUUACAGCA